AUGCCCACCGCCGUGGCUGCGGCCAGGGCGCCAACCCGCCCCUCGUCGUCCAAGCAGCAGCAGCAGCAGCAGCAGCAGCAGCCUGCUGCACCGCCGCCGCCGUCGACGACGACGACCAACACCACGCUCGCGUCUCUGCCCGCCUCGGUCCCGCCUCACUUCCAAGAGGCCCAGCACUCGCUCGCAAACCAUCGCAAAAACAUCGUCUCCCUCCACCGCAUCCACCUAAAGGCCUCGGCCGUCACCGAAAAGACGCCAAAGGGCACCCGCCUCGUCGGAGAAAAGGCCUUUAACGAGGUCUUCUUCGCCUGCCUCGACCGCGUCCUCCAUAUCAAAAAGGGCGUCACAAACGCCGACCGCAUCUGCAAGUUUGUCGCGGCCUACGCAACCUAUGCACAGGAGCAGUUCCGCAUCGCGGCGCGCGCCCAAAAGGCCAACGACGCCGCCGCCGGCGAUGACGACGAAGAGGAAGAGGAAGAGGACACGCCCGCCACCCGCUUCACCUCGCUCCUCCUCAAGCACCUCCUCAAGGGCUUCGGCGCAAAGGACAAAAACGUCCGCCUGCGCUGCUGCGGAUCCGUCGCGCUCCUCAUCAACGGCCUCGAGUCGCUCGACGAGAACCUCUUCCAGACCCUCAAGAGCUUCCUCCUCGCCCGCGCCCGCGACAAGGACAACGCCGUCCGCGUCCAGGCCGUCAUCGCACUCGCAAAGCUGCAGGCCUCCGAGGACGACGACGACGGCGACGGUGACCGCUCCGACGACGUCAAGCACGUCCUCGUCGACAUCCUCCGCUUCGACCCCAGCGCCGAAGUCCGCAGGGCCGCCCUCUUCAACCUCACCCCCACCGCCGACACCCAGCCCUACAUCAUGGAGCGCCUUCGCGACAUUGACCCCACCAACCGCCGCUGCGUCUACCUCGGCUCCCUCACCGCCAUCCUCCAGUCCCAGGUCAAGGCCAUGGCCGAGGUCGGCGCCAGCGGCCCUUCGCGCAUCGGCCUCGACGUCCAGAUGGCCGACGACGUCCUCCGCGCCGGCAUGGGCGACCGCGAGCCCAGCGUCAAGCGCGCCGCAAACAAGCUCGUCAUCACCUGGUUCGACGCUUGCGGCGGCGACCUCGUCCGCUUCCUCAACCACUUUGACGUCACCGCCAACGCCGCCCACGUCGAGGCGGCGCUCCAGGCGGUCCUCGAGGCGCGCCCCGCCAUCGCCAACCAGAUCACCUUUGAGGCCGAGGAGUUCUGGGCCCACCUCACCCCCUCGACGGCCUUCCUCGCCUGCGCCGUCAUCGACCACUUCCGCAAGGCCGGCAACGACCGCCGCCUCGAAGAGUGCCUGCCCCUCGUCACCGCGCUCGCCUUCCGCAUCCAGAAGGAGUACGCCGACCUCUCGGCGCUCGUCGAGCAGCAGCAGCCCAUCCUCGACGCCGACGAUGUGUCCGACGAGCAGCUCAUGAUCGCCGCCACCAUCCAGACCAAGACGUUCACCAUCAAGCAGCUGCUCGGCAUCGCUCUCUCGUCCGACUACGGCGACGAGAUCGGCCGCCGCAAGAUGUUCGGCCUGGUCCGCGACAUGAUCUCGUUCACCCAGCUGCCCGAGGACCUCGUCCCGAGCUGCUUCGACGUGCUGCGCAAGCUCUCGAGCGGCCAGACCGACUUCAUGCGCAUGAUCGUCGAGAUGGUCCAGGUGCUCGGCGGUGACGGCGACGAGGACGAGGAUGACGAGGAAGACGAGGAAGAUGACGACGAGGACGACGACGACGGAGGCGACCUCGAGGACACGAUGGACGUCGAUGGCGGCGAGGCGACGCUCGGCCGGAGGCGCAAGGGCGGCCGCGGCGGCAAGCGACGCUCCAAGGGCGGGUCCAAGGAGCCCUCGGCCGACGAGACGGCGCUCGAGUCGCGCCGGCUGCUGCUGAUCCGGGCGAUGCUGGAGCGCGUCGUGGGCGAGCUGCAGGACAACCCGGCGGUGCACGGUCUGGUGCCGCAGCUGAUUGCGCCGGCCGUCAAAUCCAAGAAUGCCACGGUGCGCGAGCAGGGCCUGACGUGCCUAGCGCUCUGCUGCCUGCUCGACCGCAAGCUGGCGCUCGACACCUUCCCGCUCUUCUUUGACCAGGUGCAGAAGGGCACCGAGGCCAUCCGGCUGUGCUCGGUGCGCGCCAUCUUUGACCUGCUCAUCGUCCACACGCUCGCCUACCUCUGCUCGCGGCGCGAGGGCGAGGAGGAGACGGCCAAGAAGCAGAUCACCUCGUACCUCCUCUCGCUGCUCGAGGACGACGACGCCAAGGUGCAGAGCGCCGCGUGCGAGGGCAUGGCCAAGCUGAUGCUCACCGGCAUGGUCGACGACGACGAGGCGCUCAAGAGCCUCGUCCUCGUCUACAUGAGCCCGGACACGAUGGACAACCAGGAGCUGCGCCAGUGCCUCAGCUACUUUAUCCCAGUCUACUGCUUGUCGUCGAGCGCCAACCAGCGGCGCCUCCAGAGGGUGUUUGUCUUUGUCUUCCAGGUGCUCAGCGAGCUGUACCAGGAAAAGGACGACGACCAGGAGAUGGUGACGCCGGCGCAGGUCGGGCUGCAGCUGCUCGAGUGGAGCGACCCGCAAAAGGUGCUCUCGGCCGACGGCCGGCCGCGCGACGACGCAGUCCACGUCGACAUUGGCGCCGACCUGGUGCGGGCCAUGUAUCGGAUCGAGGAUCGUGACGAGCGCAAGACCAUGUGCCAGCUGCUGGCUAAGCUCUACCUGCCCGACGAGCUCGACGAGUGGAAGGUGCGCGAGCUCCUCAUCCUCAACGCCAUGCUCAAGCAGCUCAACCCGCUCGACGACACCGUCACGCGCAACGCCUUUGGGCGCUACGAGGCAGCGCUCGCCAAGGCGUACCCGGAGGCGGCCAAGGCGGGCGCCCAGCUCGACCUGGUCGAGUCGGCAGAGGAGCUGGCCGGCCUGCGCGACUUUUUCGAAUCCUGCCACAUCGACCUCAACGAGAACCGCUCCGCCAAGCCGGCGGCGUCGUCGCGCGCCACCGCCACCGCCACCAAGAAGGCCGCCGCCACGACACGCGGUGCUGCCAGCGGGCGCGGCAAGACGACCAAGGCCGCCACCAAGCCGUCCAGUCGUCGCAGUCGUGCUGCCAAGGAGUCUUCCGACGAGUCAGAGGACGACGAGAGCGACCAAGCCGAAGGCCAGGACGACGAUGAUGACGACGACGACGAGGAGGAUGACGAUGACGAUGAUGACGAGUCGGUGGACGAAUGA